UUCGCAGUUUCGUUUGUACCGUUAAGUUAAAAUGUCCUGCUCCGUUUUGCAACGUUUAGCGUGUAAUGUUUGCAGUUUGAGUAGACAAACAAUAUACCGGCAUGAAACUCAAGCAAAAACAUUAAUAAGCCAAUGCUGCAAAUUCUCCACUCGGCCGAUUGUAUUGCGCCUACCAAAUGCAGCAAGCAGGGCUAAAAUUUUACGCAUUUAUGGUCAACAUAAAAUACAUACUUCAGCUGGUCUCUGGAGUGCACAGACAGUUAAUGUCCCACCAUUUGCUGAUUCUAUAACAGAAGGUGACGCUAAACUUUCUGUUCAAGUAGGACAACAAGUGAGCGUUGAUCAGGUGAUAAUGGAAGUUGAAACGGAUAAGACUGCUGUGCCAAUACCGGCUCCAUGUAAUGGUAUCAUACGUGAGCUACUAGUGAAAGAUGGGGAUACUGUUAGGCCGGGGCAACCCGUAUUUGUAAUAGAACAAACAGAGGCUGGUGCUGCCCCAGCACCCAAGCCUGCUACUACCGCUGCGCCAGGCCAAUCUCCACUAAAACCUGCUGUUGCAGCCGCUGCUAGAGCUCCAGCAGCCCCAUCUCCUCCUAAACCACCUAUCGCGGCAAAGGUACCUCCGCCACCCGUUGCCCCAGAUCCUACUAUACCGAAAGCUACUCUGCCGCCUCCAGAGGGUAUGACACAGUUACAAGUUAAAAUACCGCCAGCUCAGUAUUCACGUGAAAUUACUGGUACACGAACGGAACAACGCGUUAAGAUGAAUCGUAUGCGCCAACGAAUAGCAUUGCGACUUAAGGAAUCUCAAAAUACGAAUGCUAUGCUAACAACAUUUAAUGAAAUUGACAUGAGUGCUGCGAUGGAAUUCCGUAAAACACAUUUAAAUGCCUUUACAAAGAAGUACGGUGUAAAACUGGGUUUUGUAUCCAUUUUUAGUAAAGCUUCUUCUUACGCUUUACAAGAUCAACCGGUGGUUAAUGCGGUCAUCGAAGCCAAGGAAAUCGUUUAUCGUGAUUAUAUUGAUAUUUCGGUUGCUAUGGCGACUCCUAAAGGUCUAAUGGUACCUGUUAUUCGUAAUGUCGAGUGUAAGAAUUUUGCUGAAAUCGAAAUCGAUUUGGCCGCCUUGGCUGAUAAAGCACGUAGAAAUAUUAUAUCUGUUGAAGAUAUGGCUGGCGGUACAUUUACCGUUAGCAAUGGUGGAGUAUACGGUUCUUUAAUAAGUACGCCAAUUAUUAAUCCACCUCAGAGUGCUAUAUUGGGUAUGCAUGGGGUUUUUGAGAGACCGGUUGCUAUAAAGGGAAAGGUUGUUAUACGUCCAAUGAUGUACGUUGCUCUUUCUUAUGAUCACCGAUUAAUUGAUGGCCGUGAGGCCAUCAUGUUUUUGCGUAAGAUUAAGAGUGCUGUAGAAGAUCCCAAAAUUAUGCUUGCCGGCUUAUAA